AUGUACGUUGGUGCCCGAAUCGGCUUCUACUCAGGAAAUAUUGCGACCGUUAGCGAGGACUUGCGAGCUCUUCGCCCGACUAUCUUCACAAGUGUACCUCGCCUCCUCUGUCGAAUAUACGACAACGUCUACGAACGCAUCUGCAAGUCCACAUUCAAGCAAUUUGUACUCAAGUGUGCUCUCAAAGAGAAAUGCCACAAAGUUGACAAGUAUGUGUAA